UCAUGCAGCACUCUGGAAUUUCUGCACAAACUUGUCACACAAGAUAUUCCUCCAGCUAUGUGGAAACCACGUCUGAGAAGAUGUUCCAAAUCAAGACCUAUAGCACAGAGUUGAAAAAGCAUGUGAUGGUCAUGGAUUUUGUGAAGAGUAACUGGUUCCCAUCACAGAAAAGAGCCAAGGUAUGCAUCAUUCGUAUGUGCCAGGGGACGAAGACGACAGAAAAGAUGACCAGCAAAUAUGAGAUCCACAGCCGGCUGUUCUUAUCUCCCAAAGAGCACUCAGCAUGGGAAAAAAAUGCACGACUCACAUACACAGGACUCCAGUCAAGGCCGUACAAUGACAGCAACCAGCUUUCACUCAGAAACCUUCAGUCUGAGGUCGCAGAGAACAAACCUGACUUUGCCAAGGAGACUCUAGCAUCACAGAAAACAAAGAUGAUUUCCUCUCUCCUCAUUUCCCAGCUGAUUGAUGAGCGUCGAUUGCAGAAGAAUGCCCCAGCCUUGCCAGGGCAGCACGUGAUGGUUCAGCCUGAAAUCCAUCCUCUGAACCAGUCUUUGGCCGGUCACAGUGCAGCUAACAUUGACCAAGCCUCUUCCUUGCUUCCCGGCAGAAUGAGAAUCAAAACAUCCUGCAGGGAGGCUGGGUCUGGAACCAAGCUGUCUUCCCAGGAGAAAAAUCAGGAUCCUAACCCAAGAAAAGGGUUUUCCUCCAUUACCAUCACAGCCAGGCGAGUUGCUUCUCCGGCCAGCACCCUGAUAUGGGGCACUACUGUUGACCCCCUGUGCUCCAAGGGCGGGACCAAGGACAGACUCAUGGACAAAACAGCUUUGGCCAGUGAUCAGGAAGCAGAACCUUCCCACAAACUCCUAAAUGGUCAUGAGGGCUCCGUGAAUAGGUUGGCAACUCCAUUCAAGACUUCUGAACCUCACAGGCAGUUGUGUGAAGGUCAUCCAUGCUGGUUUUUGAACCCUGAAAAUAAGGAGAAUACGAUGAUCCCUCCAGCCAUCCCAAGUCGUGGAGAGAAAGUUCCCCUUCUGUUUAGCUCCUGUGUGCACCUGCGAGUGUCUCAGCCAUGCGCAAACACCGUCCAUUACUUAGACAGAUCUCUUUCCAUACCUCUUGACCAGUCUCCCAUUACAGGCUCCAAAAUGCACAGAUCCGUUCUGUCCCUCAACCUGAACUGUAAUUCUCAUGGAUUAACACCAGAUGGAGUAGAUCGCAUGGCUAAUACAGAGGAGGAAGACACGGUAGACAAUCCACUGAGCCAGAAGCAUGCCGAGCAAAAUGAAAACAGGUCCCCGACAGCUUGGGACGCAGACUUCAAAGACAGCUGUCUAAAGGAAAACCCACCUUGGCACGGAGUCUCUUCAGGGAAUUACCCAUGUCCUUGGAGCAGCACAUCUCCCCUGGGAAGCCCAGAGUUUUCAGAGACUGGGAAAGGAACAAAUCACUUAACAGUGGGGAAGGUGAAAGGAGACAGCAUGGCCUUGUACCACACCCUUAACCACCCCAAUAAGCUGUCUAUUCACAUCCCAGGCUGGAGCUAUGCAGCAGAAACAAAAGCGUUUUCUGGAAGCACCAUGAUGCAACAGGGAAAGCGGUGCAUGGCUUUGUCUGCGUCCCCACUGGGACCAGCCCCCAUAACUGAGUUCGCUCGACGUUCCGGCUCUCCAAAAGAUGAUUAUCAGUCUAACAAGUCUCUGGGAUCUCAAGAGAGUCAGCCACAGCCCUUUCUGAAAUCCCCAGCCCCCUCAUCUGAGUGUCUCUGUCCCCUAAAUGCUCGGCCUCCCUCUGCACAGGAAGAGAUUGAGGUGCCAAUAAAAAGCCAUUUUCCCCAAGGGGAUUAUAGAUGCUGUGACCUGGUUGUGAAACUCCAAGAAUGUCGCAGGCCCAGCGAAGAGAGGAGGAUGACCCCAGAGUCCCCAGCAGCCCCCUCAGAGCCCAUGAGCCCGGAGAAGCCAGAGCCACCCCUGGAGAAGGAUGCGAGCCUGGAGCCAGAGAUCAGUGCCUUCCCUGUCCACUCCCUGACCCUGAGGGAAGCUCUCGAGGUCCACAAGCCUCAGUUUAUCUCUCGUUCGCAAGAACGGUUGAGAAAACUCGAAAGCAUGGCUCAGCAGAGGAAAGCCCAACGAGGCGAAAGCCCCCGGAAGAAACCAAGCCCACUGCCCCUGCGAACCGCGAAGAAGAAGCAAUACACCAUCCCUCAUCCUCUCAGUGAUAACUUGUUCAAGCCGAAGGAGAGGUGCAUAUCAGAGAAAGAGAUGCGUAUGAGAUCUAAAAGAAUAUAUAAUAACUUGCCUGAAGUCAAAAAGAAGAAGGAAGAACAAAAGAAAAGGGUGAUUUUACAGAGUAAUCGACUACGCGCAGAAGUCUUUAAGAAGCAACUACUGGAUCAGAUCCUGCAGAGGAGCACAGACUGACCGGCAAACCCAGCAGCAGCGACUCCCGGGGUCUGAGAUGACCUAAAAUAUUGCAUAGCCAAUUAAAGUUAGCCUUAUCUCCAUCAACCCCAAGCCCUGAUUUAACCUAGGGAUUUUGCAUCAAGGAAGAAACCUCCCCUGAUUUACAAAGUGAGCGACAGCACCAGCUCCCAGAGGAACAGCCAGCAUGGAGAAAUAUCCUGUGUGCCCCGUGAGGUGCACACUCUGUUUUCCCCUGGGCGUGUCGCUGUUUGCUCCUGCCUUCCCCCCAUUCUGACCCAGGAAGAUUUUGUGAUCUUUCUGGUGCAUAAAAACAAUGCAGGGGCCUCGUUUUUGUCUGAGUUAUUUUCAUUAACUUCUUAGGAGCUAAGGCUGUCCUUUCAUAGAAGCAAUGCCCUCCUCCCCAAUCAUCUCACCUCCUCCACCCCAAACCUUCCCGGCCAGGUUUAGGAACCCUUCAGAGUAGCCUGAUUACCAAAUGACGGCUGCAGCAGCAGCUGCAGAGUUUUCCAAGGUGGGCUAGCAUGGUGCCCGGGAGCAGCCUGAUCUAGUUGGGUAGCAGGGUUGAGCUGGGCUCAGGACCCUAGAGGGAAUAUUUAUUGACAAUGCCAUGCUCCCUAUACCUCCUCAUUUCCCUCUGUCAUUACCUUAGUGGGAGUAUCAAUUUCGAUAGAAGAUCUGUGGGCAGAAAUAAAGUGUAAGGCUAUAGGAAAAUCCAGUGUUUUCUACCCCCCCCAAAAAAAAUGACCUUUCUGUUUUCAAAAAAGACUUCUGAUAAAAUUGUCAUAUUGGCCUUCCAGACUCUUACAAUUUCCUUUAUUUAUACAUGUAUAUUUUGGAAGUUAUACAGGAAACUAGUUUUUAA